CCCUGCCAACACCAGCCUGAGAGGGGGAAUCAGAGUGUCAUAUACUUCUACCAGAUAAUCCAAGACCAACAAAUGCAACUUCAGUAGAAGGGAAGUACAAGAAUUCAGACUAUCCUCGAAAGGUUUUGUUUUGUUAUUUUAAGUGCUUGUGUUUUGCCCUUGCUCAAGAAAGCAUCUGCUCCAUAAGCUAUUCAUCAGAAACCUGUGGUUCAAGAAGUUGCAAAGACCUUCCCCGGAUUACUGUUAUCUCCCUUCUACAUGAGGAUAGCGUGACCAAGGAAGGCCUCUCUAACGUGGUGAUAUGUGGGCAGAAACCUGAAUGAAGUGAACAGGAUGAAUAUCCAGGGAAAGAGCACCAUAGGCAGAGAGAACUCCAUGCGCAAGGGCCAUGAGGUGGAGCAUGAAUGUGUGAUCCAAGAACAGCAGGGAGUCAAUGGAAUUGGAGUAUGAAGAGCAAGUGGAAGGACAUGAGGUGAAAGUGAACAGGCCUGGGCCGAGCAGGCGGAGACAGGCGACCUGCUGGCUGGGGAGGUGCAAGCCAGGCUGCAGCGCUCCUGCCUGGCCAUGGCAGCAUCACCCCUGAAAGUGUGCAUCGUGGGCUCGGGGAACUGGGGCUCAGCUGUUGCAAAAAUAAUUGGUAAUAAUGUCAAGAAACUUGAGAAGUUUGCCUCCGUGGUCAAGAUGUGGGUCUUUGAAGAAACAGUUAAUGGGAGAAAACUGACAGACAUCAUAAAUAAUGACCAUGAAAAUGUAAAAUAUCUCCCUGGACACAAGCUGCCAGAAAAUGUGGUUGCUAUCCCGAACCUCAGUGAGACUGUGUGGGAUGCAGACCUGCUGGUGUUUGUCAUCCCCCACCAGUUCAUUCACAGGAUCUGUGACGAGAUCUCUGGGAAAGUGCCCAAGGGCGCGCUGGGCAUCAGCCUCAUCAAGGGCAUAGAGGAGGGUCCCGAGGGGUUGAAGCUCAUUUCCGACAUCAUCCGAGAGAAGAUGGGCAUUGACAUCAGUGUGCUCAUGGGAGCCAACACUGCCAGUGAGGUGGCUGCUGGGAAGUUCUGUGAGACCACCAUCGGCAGCAAGGUAACAGAGAAUGGCCUUCUCUUCAAAGAACUUCUGCAGACUCCAAAUUUUCGAAUUACGGUGGUUGAUGAUGCAGACACUGUUGAACUUUGUGGUGCCCUGAAGAACAUUGUGGCUGUGGGAGCUGGGUUCUGCGACGGCCUCCGCUGGGGCGACAACACCAAAGCUGCCGUCAUCCGCCUGGGGCUCAUGGAAAUGAUCGCCUUCACCAGGAUCUUCUGCAAGGGCCAGGUGUCCAUGGCCACCUUUCUGGAGAGCUGCGGCAUAGCCGACCUGAUCACCACCUGCUAUGGGGGUCGGAACCGCAAGGUAGCAGAGGCCUUUGCCAGGGCCGGAAGGACCAUUGAAGAAUUGGAGAGGGAGAUGCUGAAUGGGCAGAAGCUGCAAGGACCUCAGACUUCCGCUGAGGUGUACCGCAUCCUCAAACAGAAGGGGCUGCUGGACAAGUUUCCACUGUUCACUGCAGUGUACCAGAUCUGCUACGAAGGUAGGCCUGUUCAGGAGAUGUUGUCUUGUCUCCAGAGCCAUCCAGAGCAUAUAUAAAGUGAAUUAUGCAACAUGUCAGGGAAAGGCCUGCCCUUCCGAUCAAUCAUUUGGAUUCAGUGGAAACUGGGACUUGCCAACAAGAUGUUUGCAGCAUCAUAACCCCAUCAUGGAUACUAUGAAUUUUUACACGCUCAUUUUUGAAUUGUGAGAUGAAGUUCAUUGGCUAAGAUGUUACUGGGCAACAACUAGAUGCACAUAUGUGAACGUGUGAGCGUGUGUUCCUUUCUCAUUUUGUGGAUGUUGCUAUCAACCAAAAUUAAAGGCCCUUCUUAAAAAUUACUUUUGAAAUUUUCCCACUGUGGUAGCUUAUAAGAUUGGAACUAUCGCAGCUAAAAGU